AUGAAUAUUUAUUUGUUUCUAUAUAUCUUAUGGGAAGUAGAACAUGAAAAAAAUCCAUUUUAUAUAAAUAUGAUUACUCAUAAUUGCAUUCUGUAUUAUUAUUAUCUGAAGUUAGGUCUGUCCCUUUUGUAAAUAUUGAUGGAUACAGUGAAAUCGAGGCUGAAUUCAAUAAACGUAAUCUACUUCCUAAAACAAGAAAAAACCUAAAUCGAACUAUUGCUUGUUCUGAAGAAGGCGAAUUAGCAGGAGUAGAUAUAAAUAGAAAUUACGGAUAUCAAUUUGCCUAUGAUAAUAUUGGCAGUUCUAAUGAUCCUUGUGAUGAAACCUAUAGAGGGAGUGUGGCAUUUUCUGAAAAGGAGACUUAAGCCAUCAAAUAUGUCGUUGAAAACUAUAAUAUUAAAAUGGCUAUGAAUCUACAUAGCUUUGGAAAUAAGUGGCUUUUACCUUACAGUUAUGGCAAUGAAGAACUUGAUAAAGAUGGAAUUCCGUAUAUGAUUUAUGAGGACUUCAAGCAAAACGGCCGAUUCUAAGGACAUUAUAAAAUUGGCCAUGCUCAAGAGUUAAUCUAAUAUACUGCCAAUGGAGAAGCUGCUGAUUGGAUGCUUUCUAAAGGUAGAUAUAAAUUCAUAAUCUUAUCAUUUAAUUAGGCAUUAUUGCUAUGUGUCCGGAACUAGGGGAACAAACUUACUCUAAUAUUUUUGCUAACUUUUUUCCAGAUUAAGAAAAAACGCUUUAAUUAUUUCAAUCCGAAUUUCCUCCUUUAAUUGAUUUUAUUAAUUACUUACCUUUUAAACCAUUUAUCAAAAAUUUUUAUUAAUACAGUUUAGAUGAUGUUUAGAGAAUCACUAAAACAUUAUCUGAAAAAUAAUACCUUGUUGAUAUUGAAUGUGUAAAUCAUGGUGUAUCGAAUGGAUCUGAUCAUUAUUUUGUUAUUUCUGAUACUGUCUAACUUAUUGAAGCAUAUUACAUUGAAAUGAAAUAUGAUCAAAUAUAUGACAGAGAUAAUAUUCAGUUAGAUAAACUUAAUAAAAUAGAGUUUAGGAACAACACUCUCUCAACCUUUUAGUUCUCACCAAGAAGCAAAAUCAUUUACUUUUUAAUUCUAUAAGAAAUACAAAUUGGAAGUGAAAUGAAAUUUUAUUUUGAUCUUAAUGGUUUAGAUCAUGAAAAUAGUAUACAAUAUAUUAAAUGUUAGCCUUUACACUAAAAGAUUUUCAUUAAAAGUAGAACUAAUAAAAGAUGCACUUUAAUUAUAUAUUUUAUCUAGGCCUUAUAAUACUCUUGGUGAUAGUUAUAGUAAUUCUACUCAAGAUCGGAUUUAGAAAAUAAAUUAUUAAGAAACAUUAAAAUAUUACAGAAUUAAUUGAAUAAAAGCCUGAAUAAAUUGAAUUACAUAUAUAAAUGAUGAAGUGA